AUGCGAGACCUUGGUGUCAUGUACCCACACACACAGGCGACUCUGGUGUGGAUAAGUCAAGCGGCCACAACGGCUGAGCUCAAACAAGCUUCAGUAAGGCGCCACUCUGUGUCUGCGAUCUCAGACAGUAGAAGUUGCGGCUCACUAGGGGAGUCGGGUAACAUGACAGAAAAUUUGCUGGAGGAAGAAGAGACCUCUGGCAGGAUGACGGUGGCGCAGCUGGAGCAGAUGAUAGCUUGGAGUCGGAUGCUAAGAUAUACACUUGAGCAGUACGAGCUAGAAUUAGACGUCGACUCGCUGAUCAUUACUCUCCAUUGUAACGCAUAUAUACCGGACCUGGUCAAACUCCUCACUGCCACUCCGAAAAGGGUCAUCGUGAACUACUUGCUUUGGAGAUUUGUUUUACGCUACAUGCCAUAUAUUAGCAACUAUUUUCAGCAGCUGUGGCAGCAGUUUAGAAGUGAGGUACCGGAUCCCUUUGAAGAACGUACGUACAUCAGUCGCUGGAAGGAAUGUGCAGCACUAGUCAACGAAGGCUUUGGAGCAGCGCUUGCCAGAAUGUAUGUUGAGCAACAUUACGACCAGAAAAUUUCAGGAGAGAUUGAUAACAUGGUCGAGGAGGUUCGAACAGCCUUCCACAUAGUCAUUGAUCGACAGGACUGGUUGGAGCAGGAAAUGAAGCAAGUCUGUAGCGACAAGUUAGACAUAAUGGGUAAAAAGAUAGGUUAUCCAGAGUACAUAGAAUCAACAGAACUACUAGAUGCUGAGUUUGAAGGGCUGGAGAUCCUGGAAGAUCAUUUCCUCAAUAACAUAUUGAGAAUGAAGAAACACGAAGUUUGGAAGGAACUCCAGAAGCUCUCCCGGCCAGUCGACAAGAAGAGAGAUUGGUUGAUACAGCCUCUGGUCGUGAAUGCAUUUCAUAAUCCUACCAGCAAAUGAAAUCAGUAAGUACUGUUUGAUAUAUCUUUAUAUAUAUCUAUAUCAAUCUUUAUAUACAUACACAUAUAUACAUA